CAGGUCCCGCAAUGCCGGAAGUGACGUCGCGGCGUGUCGGAUACCGGGGGCGGGCUCCGAUGAGGGAGCUGUCGGAGCUCGGGAAGCGGAGCUGGGAGAGGCCGAGGCUCGGGCCGGGGCCUGCGGAGCCACCGGGGACAUGCGAGGCGCAGCGGCAGAGGAGGAGGCCGCGUCCUACCGGGUGCUGAGCCGGCUGCUAGGCUGCGGAGCGGAAGAAGAGGCAGCCAGGCCCAGGCUCAUGGUGUUCCGGAAUAUGCUACGAGGGGAAGAGGUGGACGAUGCAGAGGCCUCCAAGGAGCCGGGGGCGGGAGUAGAAGCCGUGCCUGCGGAAGGGGCGCCCCAGCCGGCGGAGCUCUGCAACCGGCACCGUAAAGCGGCGCAGCCCGGGGAGGGCCUGGAGCUGCAGCUGGGGGCGCUGGGGCUGCGGGGGGCCGGCUGCCCGUGUGAGGAGACCAGCGAUGCCCUGCUGGUGCUGGAGGCGCCCGAGGCAAGAAGGCUGCAGGAGGAGGACGAGGAUGGUGGAGUAGAGGCUGCGGGGGCCGGAGCCGGGGCCCGGAGGAGUGCGGCCAGGAAGGGCUCCCUGCGGAUCCGCCUCUCCAGGAUCUUCCGCACCAAGAGCUGCGCCGGCACCGCGGGGGUGGAGAGGAGAGGAGGAGGCGGGGAGCUGCUGGGGGGCUCCGGGGGCAGCCUAACCGACAUGUCCCGGGACAAGGAGCUGGAGCUGGGCAGGAAGCCCCGUUUAACCAGAACUCAAAGUGCCUUCUCUCCAGUCUCCUUCAGUCCCCUCUUUACUGGUGAAACAGUAUCUCUAGUGGACGUGGACAUAUCACACAGAGGUUCAUGUUCUACCCACCCGCCUACUCCACCCCCACCUCCUCGCAGGAGCCUGAGUCUUCUAGAUGAUAUAGGAGGUAUACAACCCGCGUCUGUUUUAGUAGGUCCUAUGGGUUCCUCACUACAGUCGUUCCCGCUGCCCCCUCCACCACCGCCACAUGCUCCGGAUCCCCUGCCUCGAGUGGUACCUCUUCGGCCGCCUGAGUGUUUGCCAGUCCCGUUGGUACAGCCCCUUCAAUGCCCCAUUCUAAGGCAGGAUCCUAGUAGUUUUGCAGCAAGCCUGAGAGAACUAGAAAAGUGCGGUUGGUACUGGGGUCCUAUGAACUGGGAGGACGCAGAAAUGAAGCUGAAAGGGAAGCCAGAUGGUUCGUUUCUUGUACGAGAUAGCUCUGAUCCUCGCUAUAUCCUGAGCCUCAGUUUCCGCUCACAGGGCAUCACCCACCACACGCGCAUGGAGCACUAUCGAGGCACGUUCAGUCUGUGGUGCCAUCCCAAGUUUGAAGAUCGGUGCCAGUCUGUAGUGGAGUUCAUAAAACGAGCUAUCAUGCACUCAAAAAAUGGGAAGUUCCUGUAUUUCCUGCGAUCACGGGUGCCAGGUCUUCCUCCUACCCCAGUACAACUACUAUACCCUGUUUCCCGCUUCAGCAAUGUGAAAUCUCUACAGCAUUUAUGUCGCUUCCGUAUUCGACAACUGGUUCGGAUAGACCACAUUCCUGAGCUCCCUCUACCGAAGCCACUCAUCUCAUACCUGCGCAAGUUCUACUACUAUGACCCACAAGAGGAAAUAUACCUGUGUUUAAAGGAGUCCCGUCAGGUUCCCAAAAUGGAAUCCGGGACAGAGACCUCCACGUAGCAAGGCUCCCACAUGUAACUUGUGUUGGACCCAGGUCUUUUUGUUUCUUGUUAGGAAACUUUGUGCUGGUGUAAGUACACUGGACCCACCCCAGCGGAUGGAGGAAUAUGAAGGGGGGACAAACCUAAAGUGGACCACUUUGAAGUCUCCCUCCACAUUGGCCCCCUAUAAAAGACUAAGGGGUGAUAAUUUAACUUUGAUUUGGGUGUCACACUGCCAGCACCCUGAUGCUCCCCUCCCCCCUGAUUUCCAAGAGCCGCCCCCACUGGAAUGUAAGUUGCUGGUCACACACCGUUCUGCCGGCCUCCUUACUAUGUUACAGUAUUGUAUUUUGAUGAAGUUUCAUUGUAAUGAAAGCGAACAUCAGGGGUAUUUGCCCUAUCAUAGCUACUGAACAACUGGCCGUCAUCUCCUGCAUUGUCUUCAGGGCUUCCUGUGUGUUGAGCACCACUAGAUAUACAUUCACAAUACAGGGGGGCUUCAUCCCCCAAAGGACAGCUAUUUAUUUUAUUAGUGAAGGUCCGCAGGGACCCUACAUCUCAUGAACAGAACUGGAAGUCCUCUUGACCUAUUGUCACAUUGUGGACUGACUGUACUACUGUCGACUGUCUUACCCUGAACUCCUGAAGGGAGGACACAUCUGAGUUUUACUACUGAUGGAAAAAAGAAAUUCUACUUUUUAGUGCUGAAUGUCCUUCCGUCCUGUCAUGUGACAUUUUGCUCUUUCGACUCUUUAUAACACUGGAUGAAGGUUACCACUGGAGACAAUACAUUCAUCUCUAUCAGGAUGGGUAUUGCUGCCCGGCAUACACAGGUUAGGUUGGCCGGUAAUUGUUGCACCCGCAGUGCGUGCUACCUGACCGCUGUAGCCACCCCCCAAGCCCACACAGAAUUGAUUGUGGAGCGAGACUGUUUAUCCUAUUUUUUUUUAUUUUAUUUUAUUUUUUUAUUAUUUAUCCUGAGGGGUAAGGAAUUUUUGUCCUUUUUGUUGCCCUUAAAAGGGAAAAUGUAAAUGAAACUCAUGGAGGAAAGUUAUUGAAAAAUUAUCUCCAGCACAACCUUAACUCCCCCAUCCCCACCUCCUUAAAUUUACUGAAGUUUGUGUAUAUUUUUGUUUCAGCGCUUAAUUUAUUGAAAAUAGUCCGUGUAAUUUAUUUUAUUGUCUUUUUGACUCGUUUUUCUUUCUUGUUGGAUUUUAAUAUAUGAAAACCGCCGCGGAUCUCUCCCUGCGUGCGUAUCUGGGAUGUCAGAAGAAAACAUUUGAAGGUGUCCUCCAAGCCCUGUUUGUAUAUACUGUGUUAUAGGCAUGAGAUGGACACAUUCUUCCCAAGUUAAUUUUUAUUUUUUAACCAUAUUUUUUGGUAAACCCCCCCCCCCCCCCAAGAAUUAUUUCUUUGUAGACGUUUGAAUAGGAGAUAACUGCAAAAAUUGUUUUGUGUUAGUGAUCGGUCUUUCUAUUUUGUCUCUCCUUUCUCCUCCCCACCCCAAGACAUUUAAGCAUUCGCCUAUGUCUUGAUUUCAGCUUAUGUCUCUGAUUCUGAUGACUUGACUACCUUUUUUUUUAUUUUAUUUUUUUUAAUUUUCUUUCUUGCCAUGUUGUUAAAUACUUCAAGACGGGUGGAGAGCAGGUUUAAAAUAAACAAUUUAGAUAACUUCAUCCCGGUG